CUCCACUCCGCUGCCAUGGCCGGCCUUCCCACCAGCAGCAUGGCACUGCACCGCUCCCUCUGCCGGCCCUCCGUCCCCCUCACAACCUCCCUGGCGAAGACGGUUCUGGCAGCCACCCAACCACGGCGGUACGCGCACUCAGAUAUUGCAAUCACACGAACAGGCAAACCCAUCAUACGCAUCUCUGGCGGACGAAGCAGCUUAGGCGGCCACACAGUCACUGUCUUUGGCGCAACCGGCUUUCUGGGGCGGUAUAUCGUGAACCGCAUGGCUCGCGCAGGCUGCACGGUUGUUGUCCCCUUCCGGGAAGAGAUGAAGAAGCGCCACCUGAAAGUUUCUGGUGACCUCGGGCGUGUAGUCUUUCUCGAGUACGAUCUUCGCAACACAGCGUCUAUUGAAGAGUCUGUCCGACAUAGCGACAUCGUGUACAACCUUGUUGGCCGAGACUACCCUACUAAGAACUUCGACCUGGAGGACGUGCACGUAGAAGGGACGCGGCGGAUAGCGGAUGCAGUGGCCAAAUACGAUGUCGACCGCUUCAUCCAAGUCUCAUCACAUUCCGCCCACCCGGACUCGCCAUCCGAAUUCUACAGGACUAAGUACUGGAGCGAGCGUGUGGCGCGAGACAUCUUCCCCGAAACCACUAUUGUGCGGCCCGCACCUAUGUUCGGCUUCGAGGACCGCUUACUGCAUCGCCUUGCGAACGCCCGCAAUAUCCUCAGCUGCAACAACAUGGAAGAGCGUCUCUGGCCAGUGCAUGUCAUUGAUGUUGGCGCAGCACUGGAGUCCAUUGGCAUGGAUGACAGCACCGCUGGCCAGACUUUCGAGCUGUAUGGACCGAAGGAGUACACAAUGAUGGAGCUAAAGCAGCUCGUCGACCGGGAGAUCCUGAAGGAGAGACGUCACAUUAACCUACCAAAAGCUGUUAUGGCGCCACUUUACGGAUUCUUGAACAAGGCGCUCUGGUGGCAUGUUGGGAGCCGUGACGAGGUGGAGAGGGAAUACCUGGAUCAGUUUAUCGACAAGAACGCAAAGACAUUCAAGGACCUGGAUAUGGAGCCGGGUGAUGUUUCCAACUUCACUUUCAAAUAUCUGCAAGGAUAUCGCAGCUCCUCUUACUAUGACUUGCCGCCCAUGACGGAGCGCGAGAAGCGGGAAGAGAAGAAGUAUUUGCAUGUUAUCGACGAUCAAUAAAUACAUCAUUGCUGGCUGGAAUUGUAGGCUUCACAAUCGGUCGGCCAUGUCGGUGCUCCACU